CACGGGGUGAGGGGGUUGAGAACUACAGCGAGGAGGAUGAAGAUGAAGAGAAAGAAGAGGCAAAAGAACAUAUUUUACCAACACAAUCCAUACAAAUUAACAUUGAUCUACCUGAUAAAGCAAGAAGAAAGAAGAAGAAAGGGUUUGAUGUAUCUGCGUUCUUGAAACGUGAGAUGGCUAAAGUUCGUCGAGAAACUCAGAUAUUACUUCAUCAAGCACAUUUCGUCUCAUUAGUUGCACACCUUCGUUACCUGAACCUUGCCUUGACUGACGACCUACUUUAUGGAUCUGCUCUUUCACUCAUUCCUUCUGCGCACACCCACUCACCUCAGGAUUUUAACCUUACUAAACUAUCAUCCCUAGUUCGCUGGCUGCGUGAUCUGAUUCCUGUAAAUAAAACCAAAUUUAGCGGUACAUCUAGACCCUUUCGGGAUCGUCAACGAAAUGUACUCGAAACAUUCCUUGCAAUGGAACCUUUGGAACUCGUUACAACAUUCGUCCUUGUAUGUCGAGCACUUGGGUUUAAUACAAGGAUAGUUCUCAACUUUGAUAUUACACCGCUCAAACCUCCAGCUGAAAAUGCUACGAAACCUGUGAAACCUGAUCCCAUCCCUGAACCUGUCAAGGAAGAUAAAAAAGAGAAGUCAAAAUCAAAAAAGUCUAAAAGAGCAGCUUCAGAUUCCGAAGGAGAAGAAGAUUUUGAGGAGAAACCCGCGAAAAAAUCAUUAAGUGCGAAAAUCUCUCAAAAGUCAAAUCGUUCUUGCUCAAGGUCAAUUAGCGCCAAACUAGCCGAAGCUUCAAAACGAAAAUCCUCAACACAAAAGCCUUCAAAUUCAAAGUCCGCUUCUUCUAACGAAAGAGAAGAAGAAAUGAUAAGAAAGAUAAAUAAGAAAUAUCCAACUAAAGUAGAAGAAGAGGAUGUUCAAGAAAAGCCGAGUGGAAGCAGGAAACAAAAGUCUGAAGGAAGCGCAGGACCCUCUACUGGUAAAGGAUCAAAAAGUACAAAGAUUACAAAUCCCAAGUUUCACUACUGGUCAGAAGUGUACCUGGAGACGGAUAAAAAGUGGGUUUGUGUGGACCUGGAGACGGGUCGGAUCAACUCUCCUCCUGAUAUUGAAUCUAAGCUGAGCAAACCCCUCUACUAUAUAGUUUCGAUCGACAACAUGGGAAACAUGAAGGACGUGACUAGAAGGUACGGAAGUAACUACAUGACCACAACCCGAAAGAUCAGGCAUGAUGAAAAAUGGAUCAGCGCUGUUAUCGGAGCUUUUGAUAAAAAAGACAGAAAGGAUUCUAAAGAGGAUAUGGAGUUGAUCAAGACUGCGGAAGAAGCUCCUAUGCCGACUACGGUUAGUGGUUUCAAAAGUCAUCCUUUGUACGUUCUGAAGCGUCAUCUCUUGAAGUUUGAGGCUAUCUACCCACCUGACGCACCUCCAAUUGGAUGGAUGAAGUCGGAACCUGUUUACGCCCGAGAAUGCGUACAUACUCUACAGGGUCGAACCUCCUGGUUGAAGGAGGGUAGAACUGUAAGACUAGGAGAGGAUCCCUAUAAUAUUGUGAAGGCGAGACCAAAGUGGGAUAGGAUGACCGGUUCUAUGGUGAAGGAUGAACCCCUGGAGGUGUUUGGAAGAUGGCAAACUGAAUUAUAUAUUCCUCCUCCUGCUGUUAAUGGGAAGGUUCCAAGGAACGAAUAUGGAAACGUAGAACUAUUUAAACCUUGGAUGUUACCAAAGGGUUGCGUACAUAUCCCUAUCAAUGGUAUGACACGCGUACUCAGAAAGUUAAACAUUGACGCUGCCCCUGCCAUGAUGGGUUGGGACUUUUCAGGAGGUUGUCACCCGAUAUACGACGGAUACGUGAUUUGCGAAGAGUUUGCUGACAUCGUCAUGGAUGCUUGGAACCAAGAACAGGAGAAUAAGGCUGAAAGGGAUGCUGAGAAACGUGAAAAACGAAUCCUUGAUAACUGGCGGAGAAUUGUGAAGGGUCUCUUUAUCCGCGAGAAAAUUCAGGCGAAAUAUAUGAGAAAAAAGGAGUAAAGUGAAAGAUCCAUUCAGAUGUUUUGCUUCACUCACGCUUUUCACUUACAGUAACAAUUUUUACCAGUUAUUUUCAGUUAAAUCUAUUUAUACUACAGAUACAUUUUUCUUAAAAACAUUUAAAUAUUUUGAAAUUCAGAAUUUGUGAAACUUAAAUCUAUGCAGUGACCAUUGUGUAAGCUCAAAUUUGUUUCCUUUAGUUUUAUACUUUACCUCAAAAUUGGACAAUAUUCAAAUAUUGCCCGUUAUGUGAAAAAAUGGUUGUGAUAAAUGUAGAUUGGCGUACUUUAUAAAUAUGUAAGUUCUCAGUGUAUUUACCUCUGAUUCUAAUAAGAAUGUUUCAGA